UAGUGCAUUGACGUUCUUGAACGUAUCGUGGUUAAAAUAGUUAACAUACGGAUUUACAUGAUAUAGAAACCAUCAGAUUUCCAUGGCGCUUGCAUACGGAGCUCUACAGUCAUUUGACUUUUCAAGCGAAGUAGAGGUAAUCAAAGAUUACAGGUCUCUGAGAAGAGGUGAUCAUCUUGCUGUUAAAAGGAAUCAAUUCAAUGUUGAAUACUAUCACCACGGCAUAUUCCUUGGUCGUGAUAAAGUCGCCGAAGUUGGAGGCGCAAACAAACAGCAAGCCAGUCCGAGAAUCGUCAGCAUAAAGGAUUUCACCGAACAGGGUGAUCUUCUCCGAAUAAUCUACUCACCUGGACAGUGUUUUCCACUGGAAGAAGCUGCUACAAAUGCGGAAGAAUUGGUUGCCAACCCUACUAAAUGGCAAUCGUAUGGCCUUGUGAAUAACAAUUGUGAACAUUUUGCAACUAAAUGCAAAACUGGAACUGCUUCAUCGAUGCAGGUCCGUUCAAAGAUUCGCGACGCCAUAUCAAUUAUUAUAAGUCCUUCACUGUUUUUUGCACAUACUGUCUAUGACAAAAUCUUUAAAUCUUAAAAUAAGAAGCAUGUUAUCUCCACAUACUAAACAUGUUUCAUUGAUUUUGUGUAUUGCUGAUAUAAAUUAUAAUAGAUUUAUGUGUGUGUUUUAGUAUCUAACAUGAACGUGUGUUGCUUUAAAAGUAAUUUUGAAAGAUAUAUCCCAAAAGUAUAUAUCUAAAUUAUAAUGUAUAGAAUAUUGUAGUUUGUAUAUAUUGUAUUUUGUUAUUGAAAUGAAACAAAAAAAGGCGUACUAUCCAAUAUUAUUUUAAACUCAUAUAUCAGUAGAAUGUAAAUAUACCAUGUAUUUAUUGCACCCAUCAACUAAUGUACACACGCGUACAUGCUUAUUGAAGUGUGCUUACUGUUUCUGUAUAUGCACACGCUAGAAUAUUCACCAGAGGAAAGUUAGUUUGCAUCCAAAAUAAUAUCUUUUCCAAUAAAUUAUUAUCAUACAACGUCAUACUUUGAUAAUAUAAACCAUUCAAAAUCAUGUGAAUAUAUGUUUUGUUACAGUAGUAUAUUUGUACUAAAGCAUAUAAAGCGCUUCGUAAUUAAAACACAUACCAUAACAACAUGCGUUUGAAGCAAAUACAAAACAAAAAUCAUUUCGAAAACUAAUUUUUUGAAAUAUAGUGGAAAUAUACAUUUGCAAAUUAUAAUAGUACACGGACGAGCUUAUUGUUUUUAUAUUGUUUAUAUAAUAUUAAACAUAUUAACAAUUGGACAAUAUAUAAUAUAAUUAUAUUUUAUCUGACACAGGUAUUUAAUAUUACAUGUUAGGCGGGCUACUGUCUUACGGGAACGUAUAAUUUAUGAAUGUUUACCAUUUAUUGAAAAAGAUUUACUUUUUAUUAUUCUUUCUUCCAAAUACAUGUAAUUAAAUAGAUAACUGAG